CAGGUGGAGAAGCUGAAUCCGGAGCGAAUAUUCGCGGUUGAAAAAAUAGUGCGAGGUGAGUGGGAGGAGGAGCGUAGACGUGAGUUGUACCGUGCGAAACGGCGGCAGGCGGCGAUAUUGACGCGAAAGAUGAAUCGAAGGGAUUUGGACGAUAUGGAGAGGAGACUCGAGCAGACGGCGAUGGGGGUGCUGAUCGAUAGGGAACACUUCAGGGUGAUGUCCACCAAGGAGGAGAAG